AUGAAAGACACAUUAAAAGUUAAAACACGUUCGGGACGAGUGGCAACGAGAAUCACGCUUACAACCACACCAUCCAAGUCUAACAAUCAAAAACAGGAAAGUUACAUCAAAGAGAAGUACCAGAAGUACACAGAAGACAACUACCUCUUCAACAACAACAACAAAUACAUCGAUUAUUACAGGCAGCACACCUAUUGCAAAACAACAGAAAACAGCAUCAAAAUUGACAAAACUAAAACUAUAACCAGUACAUUACCAGUUUAUAAGAAACCACUUCAAAAAUCACCUAAAAAACAAGUGCAAUUCCGAAACAAUGCCAAAACAUUACGACCGCGUAAACCCAACAAAAAAUACGUCGAUUAUGAGAACUCUCUAACGCAAAUAUCCGACGAGGAAUCUGACGAUGAUAAAAAUGUGCCGAUUUAUAAACAAAUCAAGAAAGCACCAGUUAAAAAGCCUAAAGAUGUUUACGAAUUCAAUGCUGACUCGUACGAUAAGUCACAAAGUGAUUCCGAUAAUGAAUACGAUAAGGAAAUGAUUCAAGAAAUGAAGCAGAUUAAAAAAGUGGAAAGAAAACAAACAGUUGAUAAAAUUAUAAAGAAAAUUGUGCGUAAAAAUCAAAAUAAAAAAGAUACAGCUCCAGUUGUGAAAGAACCAAAGGCAAAAGUUGAUGUAAAAGUAUUAAAACCUGUAAAAGAAGCAAAGAAAAUCAAUAUCCAACAGAAUAUCGUUGUAAAUAUACCAGAAAAGAAGAAAAUGGAUGAAACUCACGUCAUAGAUCAAGAUAUUACUCCACCAGAAGAAAAUUUCGUCUCGGAACUUGUAGAUUCCUUCAUGCAACCAGAAAAUGUCAAUAAAACUCAACAUAUAACGUUUAAAAGACCAGAAAUCGGUGGUUUUCAUCGUGUGUAUGCAAAUAGCACUAUGACAAAAGCAGGAGCGUCAUCUCCAGCUAGAUCUAAUUUAAUUCUACGAAAUGGUCCGUAUUUUCUACAAACCAAAGGCGAUUGUCUUCCAUCUUUCAAUCAGGACACAGUGCUUAAUUCUACAACUGUAGAGUCGCAUGAACCUUUAUUCAACUGUCGUAUAAGUGCAAUUUUACCACAACCUGCAACAACUACAGAAAACACUCAGGAUACUCAUGUAAAACGAACAAAACAAACAAGUAUUUUAAACUUUAUCUCUGCUAAACCUUCUGAGGAAGAUAAUAUGCAUUGUACGUUGUUUGAUGAGCAUUUAAUGAUGAGUCCAGUGAAGAAUUCAACGCCUGUUCGCAGUAUUAACAUCAGUCCGGAUAAACGGCGUGUUUUGCGGGAUUUGACCAAUAUUGGCACGCCGGAAAGGGAGGAAUCGGAUGUUGAGUUCUUUGCGUUGAGCGCACGAGCUAUUCCGGUCGCUGGCGGAAAACCAACUCGUUUUGUACUCAAAUCACCUAAGAAAAUCGAAAAUAAUGUUGAUAUUGAUGUGGAAAUUGAACAAAAUCAUGAUCAACACACGCCUGAAGAUAGCCCAGCUGCUGAUUCGAAAAAUUUGGUUGAUACAAAGAAUCUUGUUGGUAUUUAUGAGAAUUUCAGUCCUUUGGAAGUUACAAGAAAUGAAAUGCCAAGCUUUACUUAUACAAGAAGACGCAAACGACUUGCUUCCUAUACUUCUGAGCCUUCGGAUGAUGCUGUGGAUGAUCACAAACCGAAAAAGCGUAAGAAAAGAGAAGAAAUGACUAAAAAAGAGAAAGCAGAAUUCCAGUCCUGGGCAGCUUCCUUUAAUAAAAUGUGCGAGGAUAUUGAGGGAGAUACGUUGGAAGUCGAAUAAUAUCAAAAAAUGGUUUGAUUUUUUAAACUUUUUUACUUUUUCUUGAAAAUUAAUCAUAAUCUGAUCUGUACUUUUGUACCUAAAUGAAAUGAAAUGUAAUAUAUAAAUUAUUUGAUACAAAUAAUAGAAUUAAGCAACAUGAA